CUCUCCUCUUCGGGGAUUAUAUGAUUUCGUGAAGCUCGAGAGUUGAGCGUUUGAUUUGUGGGUGACGGCCGGAGUGGCCUUCAAAUCGAAAAUACUCGGGCAGUCAUUAACUGACUGCACAACAUGGGCAAAAGAAGCAAGGAUUUUUUAUUGUAUUAACAAAGUUUCCUGCCGUGAGGAAUUAAUUCCGGAAUUACCUUUGAAUGUCACAUAGUUCCAAUCUCCAAUUGGAAUUCACGCAAGUGGCUGACCAUCCAGAUUCUCUUGAGUUACUCGCUGAUAUUUCUCUCUCACGUCAAAUGCAGCAUCCACAUGUAGAAGAAUUGUCAGGAAUACCAAAAGCUUGUAAUCUGGCCGACAUGAUUUCCUACCUUUUAUUUCUCUAGACAAGCUCACCAGCAUGAAGUUAAUGGAAAUUCAAGUUCCUGGAACUGAGUGGUAGAAUUCCGCCGCUCAUGCAUUUAUCCUAGGUGAGAUAUUGGGCAGAUUACAGCCUAUUCGUUCAAGUUGCAGGACACGAAUCUCAAGCUUUUGUGUCUGCAGAUGGCACAUUGGAGAGAUCAUCGUCAGGAGUGUAGCCGGAUGGCAGAGCAGAUGAUGCGGGCCGGUGCAGUACAUGACUUUCCUUUCUCUUUUGCGGAGGAUACGACCCAGCUGGUGGAUGUGGGAGCUAUCACUGUUUGUUCUUUUCUCGAAAACUGUGAUCUCCACCUCAAAGGCUUGUGGAAAGCCCAGUGUGACUGUGCUUCUUCCGUGGAAGAAUUUGCGACUCCAUCAGAUUGGCAACUACCAUCGAGGAUGUGCCCUUGUACAGAUGCGUGCCAAUUGAGUGAAAGCCAUAUGAUGGACUGGGCAAGCUACUAUAGCUGGCGGUCUCUGCCUUUGGAAUCUCCUGUGGCCUUAAUUUUACACUGGCCACUGACCCUGUAUCAUGCCUUCUGCCUCAUUUGGAAACACAGUUCGACCUUCAGAGCUAAUGUAGAGAGAGCCUGCGUCAUCCAUUACUUGGGUCCGGAGAAGGAACUGGAUAUGUUGGAAGCAUUCAGCGAGUUGCUUGCCCUCCUCCCACAUCGUCAUGUCCAUAUUGACAUGAUUGGACCAGGUGUCUCAGCUUCAAGGGAUGGCAAAGCCUUAGAUCUUAACGAGUACCCAAAAUGUCUCGAUGAAGACUGUCUAUGCAAGACGUCAAGAGGGAGUGGUGUCAAGGUCAGAGGUCGCGUGACAAUCAAAUUAUGGAGAGGUCUGUAUCAUGAACGGUAUUCGGAAUUGGAGACUUCUCCUCACUUUAUUUUUGCUCCAAAUGCUGGACUUGCUGCCUUCCCCAGCUGGCAACCAACUCUAAGGUUAAUUUUAAGCUCUAAGGUGCCAGCCAUAUUUACUGAUUACUGCGAAGAGGCCGCUGAUCUCGCUCUACGUUCCGUUUCUCCAGCUUGUUCCAGCCCUCCUACACAUAAUGUUCAGUUGAAUCCUUUCCGACAACCUCUGUGUCCUCGAGAUAAGCAGCUCAAUCUUCCGACUUACUCGAAUUGCUUUUUGUUCGGUAUCAACUGAAGGAUCGCUCAGAAUGAAAGCGUUUUUGCACUCGGAUGUUUUGUUUCAUAAGGAAUGCAUUAGUUGUAGGUUUAACAGUGAUCCUGGUUACUGUCGUCGUCUCCUUACCUUUACAACAGCCGUGCCUGUUAUGGAUAAUGUGACAAGAAGAUCAUGGCUUUUAUGAGAUGGAUGUAGUGAUGCCCAAGUCACAGUAUUAGUAUUGUCCUGGAGCGUAGAUUUUCUUAGCAAGACCCCUUGCUAUGAGAUACGAGCAUGGUUUUGUCAAGCGGAGAAUUUGACUGAACCUAAGCACUGAGAUACUUGUUGUCGUAUCGAGGUCUGGUGAUUUUGUCACAUGAAGUAAAAUGAGGACUUUUAACUUCGAGAAAUCUGCCACAAAUUUGUUCAAU